AUGAACUGUCAGUACCUAUUCAAAAUCUUUUCACUGGAUACUGAAAAGGAUAACUACCUUCCCGUUGUGAGAGAGUUCUAUAGAGACUUUUCUUUGUCAGUAACUUUUUGGCAACGAGGGCGCCUGACAUCUCAUACAACAAGUUUUGAAGAUAAUUGA